AUGGGAAACACCAUGCGAGGCGUCAUUACCUUCAUCCCUUCUGAGCGCAUACAGCAGUUCUUAGUGGGAGAACUGAAGGAGAUGCCUCUGGAUCGAACACUGGACCUGAGCAGCCAUCAGCUGCGGCGUCUGCCCGCCUGCACCUGUGUGUUUGAAGAGCUCCUGAAGUUUUAUCUGAGCAACAACAAACUGAGCCGCCUCCCACCAGCGCUACAGGGCCUGAAGAACCUGCAGCUGCUCGCCCUGGACUUUAACUGCUUUGAAGAGUUCCCUGAAGCCAUUUGUACACUGCCCCAGCUCUGCAUCCUUUACCUGGGCAACAACAGGCUGUGCAGCCUCCCUUCUGAACUCAGAAACCUCAAAGAGCUCAAUACUCUGUGGCUGGAGACUAAUUGCUUCACUGUUUUCCCCAAGGUAAUAUGUGAGCUUCCCAACCUCAAAACUCUGCACUUAGGUUACAAUCUGAUCCGCUCUUUACCAGAAGAACUAAGAAAACUACAGGAGCUGAAAAGUAUCUGGCUUGCUGGAAAUCAGUUGACAGAAUUCCCACCAGUGUUGUUAGAAAUGCACUGCCUCGCUGUCAUUGACGUGGAUCGAAACAAAAUACGUUACUUCCCAAGUUUAUGUCACAUGGAAGGGUUAAAACUUAUUAUUUAUGAUCACAACCCCUGUGUGAAUGCUCCAGCCGUGAAUGAAGGCGUGAAGAGAGUGGGGCGGUGGGCAGACUGUCCCGACCCUGAGACCGAAGAAGACACAUCAAAAGUGACCAGUGAGAAUAGUGCUGAGGUAACAGAGGAGGGCCAGCAGCACAGUGAAGAGCCACAGAACUCUUAA